AAUAUCCGAUGCAAUAACAAAACCAAUACAGCUAUAUUCCUUUGACAGUAGAAGAUAAAAUGUUAUUUGUUAAUAUUUUUUUGUAAAUAUUUGUUAAAUGGGCAAUUGUAGAAUGUGAUCAAAAUGGGCGGCUGCAUAGGAAUAACUAGGAGCAGAAGCGGGCCCGUGGGCGAGGAGUCUUCGGGGACUGUGUCUCGGCCUAAUUCCGGUGGUUUAAGGAAGAACCAGUCGCUGUGCCAUGAGACGAUCAGGUGGAAAUCGGACGUGCCGCUCACGGAGGGCCAGUUGCGGAGUAAGCGGGACGAGUUUUGGGACACAGCGCCCGCGUUUGAGGGUCGGAAGGAAAUCUGGGAUGCGCUGCGAGCUGCGGCCGUGGCCGCGGAGGCGAUGGACUUCCAACUAGCGCAGGCGAUCCUGGACGGCGCUAGUGUGUCCGUGCCUAAUGGGUACCUCACAGAGUGCUAUGAUGAAUGGGGUACUAGAUAUCAGGUCCCUAUCUACUGCCUGUCGCCCCCCAUAAACAUGGUGAAGGAGGCGAGUGGACGUGACUCCCCUGCAGAAUGGUCGGAGCCAGUGGAGGGCGGCGCGGAGGUGGCUCUGCGCCUUCGUCUCUCGCACACAUGUCGCGACGUGACGCUCGCAGCCACCGCCAGGCACAGCAUAGCGCAAUGCAAGAACAAACUACACGCUCAAGAGGACAUAGAACCGUGGCGCCAGCGCUGGUUCUACGGCGGGAAGCUGCUUGGCGACCGCCUCCUCAUCGAGGAAGCCAAGAUCACGCCCGGCUACAUCGUUCAGGUCAUCGUCAGCACCGAGCCACAGCCGCCAAGCUAG